UUUUUUUAAAUUCGUAAUAAACUCAAUUGCUGCUCUUAAUUUACAUGUGGCAUAAACAAAUAAUAAUAAUAAUAAAAACAAUUUUUACCAAGCGUUGCAUCUUUUAUUAAGUCUUAGCGAUUCAAUGCAAACAAUAUGGCUGGUGGAACAAGCGCUGGAGAUUGGUGUCUUAUUGAAAGUGAUCCCGGAGUGUUCACAGAGUUAAUCAAAGGCUUCGGGGUUAAAGGUGUACAGGUAGAAGAGUUGUGGACCUUGGAGCCUGAAAGUUUUGAAAAACUAAAGCCAGUUCAUGGGCUGAUAUUUCUUUUCAAGUGGUUUCCUGGGGAUGAACCAUCAGGAUCUGUCGUUCAAGAUAAUCGUCUAGACAAAAUAUUCUUUGCUAAACAGGUGAUCAACAAUGCUUGUGCUACCCAGGCUAUUUUAAUUGUUCUGUUAACUGCAAUCACCAAAGUUUCAUUCUGUGUACUUUGUUUUUAACAGGUGAUCAAC